CCUUAUUGUCACACCCUCGUACACACAGACCUCCCUUGCCUGCUUGCUUGCUUGUCUCCUCACAUAGAUGUCGGCCUGCAGCCCUCCCUCAUCCAGCAUCUCUCGCAUUGUAUGCAUAAAAGCCUCUUCAUUUAGCAAACCACACACUCACACACACACGCCGCCAAACAUCUCAUGCUUCCUCAUCACACACCUGCCUUAAGGGGCCGUGCUAUCUGUAGCUGGUGGUCGUCAGUAUAUGGUCGGGCCGUUGUUCCAUCCCUCAUCGAGCCUGGGCCUCGACGGGAUGGGAUUGAACUCGGGAAUGUCAUAUGGAGCAUCCCUGACAGACAUGACAUGGACACACACCUGUGUGUCCAUGUGUGUGCGGCUUCCUUCGGUGACUGACUGACCUUGGGUUGAGCAUUCGUGUGAGCAGGUUGACCCUGGGUGAUGUGGAGAACCAUAUGUAGUCGGCCAGGAAGCGAGAGUAGCUCUUACGGGCUCCCUGACCCUGCACCACCACACACAGUCACAUGCCACUGUGCCGUCAGUGCACCGUGCGCUCCCUCGGUCACUCCGUCGCUCACCAGGCCUAGCCUGAGUCUCCUGAUGUACGAGUAGCUUUCCUCAGCGGUGGGGUUGAGGAGCACCGACGCGACGCGGAACUUGCCGUCCCGCCUCCUCAGGUUGUAGUAGUCCGUCCCCAGCCGCUCGGCACGAGCCUGGAUGCCGUAGCCGUACUUGACGUGGUCAGAUCCCGCCAGAAGCACCAUCUUGUGACCUGUCGGUCCACCACACACACCACGGCCAGCCACGAGAUACGUACGCAUGUGGUGCGCUGUCUCUGUGUCUGUCUUAGAAUGUUAGUUACGUGGGUGUUCCUCGAGCCACUUGGUCGCCUGCAGGACGGCCACAGCCAAGAGACGAUCAGAAAGGAGGAGCAAGCAGUGUCUGUGUCACGUCGUUGUGUCUUACUUACUGCGUUUGCCAUGGUUUCGUCCCAGAGCACUCGAGCAGCGAAGAAGAGAUUGGGGUCGGGGCUGGGCCCCAGCACGCCCGUCUCGUUGUGGUACUCGAAGCUCCGGCGAAUCACACGGUCGGCAUACAUCUGAACACGACAAACAAGACAAGGGACGGUGCGGUGCACACAUCAAUCACAUCAGGUCAGCACAGCGGCUGGCUGCCCGCAGUCUGCACAGGCCUGUGUGAUUGAUAUGACCUUGAAUCCCGGUUGGUUUGUAUAGUUGAGGAAGCCGAGCACGUCGGGGACAUACCUCUGCCGCUCGGCGCCACGCAGCCCCUCAAAUCCCGACAGCUGGACCUGACACACACGGACACACACACACACACACACGCAUCCACAGUCGUACGUUUCCUCCGUGUGUGUGUGUGUGUGUGUGUGUGCAUGUGCCGAGCGCACCUUUAGCUGCGCUUCGCUGUCUGUGUUGGCAGCGACGAGGGGCACCCUUGCCUGCCGCGCCCAGUGGAACAGAGGCAGGUAGUUCUCGAAGGGGAAGGGCCACCGGUCGUCCCACUCGGUGCUCCGCCUCAGGUCCUCGUCAGCAGCUGCGAGGUCAGCUACCUCACGGCUGAUGUACCUGAUAUAGCCACACACACACACACACACAAUGUAUGUCUGACUCUGGCGUGUGUCUGAGUGCCUGCCUGCCUGCCUACCGACACACCUGUCGAGUGCGGGUUGGAACUGCAGCUGGACCAUUUCGAGUCCGAGUGCGAGGUUGUAGUGGAGGCCCCGCAGCUCGCGGACGAGCCUCAGGGCCAGCUCCUGGUCUAUGCCCUGGUCGUGGUGCUCACCCAACAACACCAACUCGUUCUCGCGAAGAAUUUUCUACGCACAGAGAAAACAGAGAAAGGCAGGCAGGCAGGCAGACAGACAGAUCGAUGCGUGGACGGACGGACAGAUGGAUCGAUGAAUUGAUGGAGGGCAGGUCCUGUUUGUCUGUCGCUACUCUCACUCGCUGCCUUGCCUACCUUGAGCAUGUUGGUCUCGCCCCUGCCGCUGGUCAUGGGCUGCAUCGUCGGCGGGUCAGUCGGCAGAAUCUGAUCCAUCCAUGGCCAGCACACACCCAUAACAUCACACACACAUCACAGCGUUUCAUCGCUUUGCCCCUUCCUUCCACCACCCUGUCCCCCACCCAGCCCACCUGAUACGCCAGAGGUCUGGGCGACAGUGGCGUGACGCCAUCUGCCCGAAGGUAGUUGGGAGUGGGGGUGGGCGUGGGGGUGGGACCGUUGACCGUCACAGGAAGGAACACAAAGUCCUUCGGGAACACUUCCUCCGCUACCUGGGCUGCAGCCUGCUGGGCUGACGCACCGCCAGGCAGGCUGAGACCAAUGGAUGAGGCAGCCAGGGGCAGCAGCGCCUGGCCGACGGCAUUCCUGAGGAAGCCACGCCUCGACUCUUCGUCGCUCAUAUCCUGUUGAAUGACGUCUGCUUCGUCCGGGCGGCCGAAUAAUGCCACGGAAGGCGAUAAAGACACAGCUGAAUCAUCCCGCUGCAACGGCAUGUAUCGACGUCGGGAUGCUGCCCUGCCGCGCAAGCGAGGUGGCUGUGUGGGACCGAUGAAGCCUUGGAGAGCGUUGAUGAGAUCUGAUGUCGUCAGGAGUGUGUCGUCGUGCUCCAGCCGUCUGCUUGAGUGAUGCUUUACGCCAGAAAGAUGAGAGCCACCUCGUUGACAUGCUGCAGAUCCAUUAGAUGAGAGCUGGCCGGACAGAUAAGGGCUGUUUUCGUCCCCCAGAGCCGACGGCUGCAUCCUUGCGAGGAUGGUGCUGUUGGCUGCAACCCAGUGAUGCGCUUCAGAUGAAGGCAUCGUAGCAGCAGGCAAGAUCAGCUGCUGCAGUGCCACCAGGGAUGUCAUGAUUCGCCACCACCUCCGAGAUCUCCAGAACAGCUCACGCUGCCGCGCCGACCGCCUGAUUGAUGCCGUUUUCUCCAUGUGUUGUCCAGAUCUCCUUGAUACACGGCCAUUACACACCCCGCACGUGGCUGUGAAGGGUACAAGACGCGCG